AUGAAGCUUUCCAACACUCUUCUUGCUGCCACUGCUGCCGUGGCUGGUGUUUCUGCCGCUGACUCGUCCAUCACCGUCACCAUGACCUUCACUGAUAACGACAGAACUUACACCAAGACCAGAACUGACCCAUACACUGGCCAGGCCACCACUUUGCCAACCGACGGUACCCACCUCACCACCUUCACGCUUGCAAACGACGACUACACUGCUACUAUCAGUAUGACCAACACUUAUGGCAAAGAAACUACUGUUACGUCCCUGGACAUCAUCGUGGGCCCAGAAGAGACCUAUACUAGACAAACGACGUUGCAAAUGCACACAACCCAGGUGAGCUCCUACUUGGACUGGUUGUCUUCAAAGAAUGCUGCUGCCCAGUCGAGAAUCGAUGGUCACUCUGAGACUUCUGACACCACUUCCACUUCUGCCACUGCCGAGGCUACUACUGACGAAACUACCUCUGCUACAGGUGGUGCCGUGAAGUAUAGUGUAGGCAGUGCUGCUUUGGGAGUUGCUGCUAUUAUGCUUUUGUAA